AUGGGAGACGUGCUUGUUGACAAUCCCAUUCAUACCAUUCCACCUCAUAAGAAGCAACCCAUCGCAGACUCUAUUCCGGACAUCGACUCGUUAGAAGGGGUUGGGGCAGAUGGCAGUGACGAAUACUCCACACUGAAGAGAUUGCAAAGACACCUGGAAUAUAUCAAACUACAAGAAGAAUAUAUCAAAGAUGAGCAGAGAUCGCUCAAGCGCGAACUGGUACGGGCACAGGAAGAGAUCAAGCGGAUUCAGAGCGUUCCGCUUGUGAUCGGCCAAUUCAUGGAAGCCAUUGAUCAGACUACGGGUAUUGUCCAAUCCUCUACGGGCUCCAACUAUGUCGUCCGCAUCCUCUCUACUCUCGACCGCGAGAAGCUCAAGCCAUCGUCCUCCGUUGCGCUCCAUAGACACUCCAACUCCCUUGUCGACAUCCUCCCGCCGGAAGCCGACUCUUCCAUAGCUAUGCUUGGGGCUGAUGAAAAGCCCGAUGUUACCUACGCAGAUGUGGGAGGACUAGAUAUGCAAAAGCAGGAAAUUCGAGAGGCAGUCGAACUGCCCUUGACUCACUUCGACCUCUACAAACAGAUUGGUAUCGAUCCUCCACGCGGUGUUCUACUGUAUGGUCCUCCAGGUACGGGCAAGACCAUGUUGGUCAAAGCGGUGGCCAACAGCACAACCGCGAACUUUAUACGAGUGGUGGGCUCCGAAUUUGUGCAGAAAUACCUGGGAGAGGGACCUCGAAUGGUGCGAGAUGUCUUCCGAAUGGCCCGCGAGAAUUCUCCGGCCAUCAUCUUCAUUGACGAAAUCGAUGCGAUUGCGACCAAGCGAUUCGACGCGCAGACAGGUGCGGACCGAGAAGUGCAACGUAUUCUGCUGGAGUUGCUCAAUCAGAUGGAUGGUUUCGAUCAAACCAGCAACGUCAAGGUCAUCAUGGCCACCAACCGAGCAGACACCCUGGAUCCCGCGCUUCUUCGACCCGGACGAUUGGACCGAAAGAUCGAGUUUCCAUCCCUACGUGAUCGCCGAGAGCGUCGAUUGAUAUUCAGUACGAUAGCGAGCAAGAUGUCUCUUUCGCCUGAAGUUGACUUGGACUCGCUGAUAGUGCGGAACGACCCGUUGUCUGGAGCCAUCAUUGCAGCAAUCAUGCAAGAGGCAGGGUUGAGAGCAGUCCGAAAGAAUCGUUACAACAUCAUACAAGCGGAUUUGGAAGAUGCUUAUUCGAGUCAAGUCAAGGGAGCACAGGAAGCCGACAAGUUCGAUUUCUACAAGUGA